AAAACUGUACAGUAUCACUGUUAGCUGAAAGAAAUACGGCAUGUACUUUCAAUCAAUCAAUUGCCUUCAAUGACGUAGUGACAAAUGGACAUUUCAGAAAAGUUUGAUUUAGCUCGUUGGCUGCCUACUCUGCACUUUGAACAGUGUGGGUACAGCAUCUUUCACUUCAGUGUUUUUUAACUGUGGGAACUCAAAUAACUGAAACACUUGCUGAACCUCUGCUCUGCUGUCAUUCUGAAAUGACAACAGGUGAGACGUCAGGUAAACUGACAAUCGUGGGCUUGUUGAGUUUAGUUCUGUGGGUGUCUGCGAGAAAUCCCACAGCAGCAGGUAGGAAGUGAAGGCAACACAGCUCGAGCCCUGAGUGUCAGUGUAGCAUGAGGCGAGGGCGGCGAGACACACACACCAUGAUGGUGGACUUUGUUAUGAGCGGGAAUGGAAACCAUGCCGUGCCUCUGUUGGUUUAGUCAUUUUCCUGCCCAAAACAGCUGAAAACCUGAGUUUUAAGGCGUAAUAAGUCGGCGAUGAGUGAACUUGUGACGAGAAGACGAGCAGGACGCCGUCUGGCGGACUUCAGAAGCAGAUGGAGUGAACUGCCUAAAAGCGGUCUGAUCUCAGAGUCUGGUGGAACCAUCCCAGGUGAAGAUGGGGGUGGACGACCGAAAGCCCUCAAGAGGCUAAGUGCCAUGUGGUCAUCCUUUCGCAAAGGCAAAAGAGAUAGAGUGAAAGACCAAGAACCCCCAGAGCCAGGCCCGAUUUUGGAAGAGAAAGCGACCAGGCAACCACGUUUUGUCAGUGGUCAAUACUUUUUUGAGUACCUGGUGGUUGUCAGUCUCAAGAAAAACAAGAAUGGCAGCAACUACGAACCUCAGAUCACCUACCAAUUUCCUAAGAGAGAUGGGAUGGCGAGAUUUCAAAAGGAGGAAGAGGAGCGCACACUAAAGGCAAUCACGCUGUUCUGCUUCCCUGAGGGUAUCAAAUGGGCACCUUUGACAGAAUAUCACAGCGAGACCUUUUCAUUUGUGUUGACGGAGAUUGACGGCAGUCGAAGAAAUGGAUACUGCAGGAGACUGCUGCCUGGCGGGAAGGGGGCUCGUCCACCUGAGGCAUACUGUAUCAUCAGCAGCCUGGCUUGUUUUGGCCUGUUUUCGAAGAUUUUUGAUGAGGUCGAGAAGAGGCGGCAGAUCUCCAUGGCUAUGAUAUAUCCAUUCAUGCAGAAACUGCGAGAGGCUCCAUUCCCAGCUCCUGGAAACACUGUGGAGAUUAAAAGCUUCAUUCCUGAGUCAGGCACUGAGAUCAUCAGCCUGACGCGGCCGCUGGACUCCUGGCUGGAACAUGUCAACUUUGAAGUGCUGUUUAGCUGCCUUACAGAUGAGGAGGUGCUUCUGGUGUUUGCGGCAGCUGUCUUAGAGAGACGCAUCAUUUUCAUUGCUGAUGAGUUGGGCACGCUAUCUCAGGUCAUUCAUGCAGUUGCAGCCCUUCUUUAUCCUUUUACCUGGCAGCACACCUUGAUUUCAAUAGUUCCAGAGAUCCUGAUUGAUGUCGUGAUGGCGCCCACCCCAUAUCUGCUGGGGGUCCAGAAGCGGCUGCUGGACCACGUCACCGACCAAAAUGACAUGCUGUUAGUGGAUCUAUCAGAGAACAAAAAUAAAACCUUCAUUGUUUCAAUUGGUGACGAGUGCUCUAUUCUGCCCCCCAAACUCCAAAGUGAAAUCCAAGAGGCACUCAGUCAGAGAAAGAAAGCAUCAUCGACAGAAGAUCUGAACCGUGUGGUGUCGGAGGCAUUCCUUCUGUUCUUUGUGAAAACAGUUGGACAUUAUAUGUCCUAUGUGAAAAGCAAUCCUGCUGGAAAGCAGAGGGUAUUUGAGAAGAGGAGCUUCUACAAGGCCAUCGAGUCAAAGACCACACGCCACUUUGUCAAGAAGUUUAUCCAGACACAGAUGUUUGAUCUGUUCAUCCAGGAGGUGGAGCAGCAGCAGACUGGACCCCAGCAGGGAAUAUUUCACAAAAAGAUUGUGGAAUACCAGGAAAAGAAGAAAAAGGAAAAGACAAAGAAACACUAGUUCUUUGCAUGUGGUCCGGAGUGUAUAUGAUAGGAACAUAGGAAUACAUGCCAGUGUUGCACUGUUUUUAUUUUGUCAUUUUCUGUUAUUGAUGUACCAAAGUGCGACACAUACUGUAUUGCUAUUUUUGCUGCUACUUUGUCAAGACACUGGUUUACAGUCUGUUGCUGGUGAGCAGGAAAUAAUUUCAAAUAAAGACUAGUUUUUUAAGCUAUAUAUACAUGCAAUGCUCACAAAGCCAUGGUACGACCAGACACUUAAAAACUGCAAUAUGAAGGUAAGGCCGUUUGACUGAUGUUGCAUCAGCAGAGCACCUGCUCAAAAGGUCGCCUGCUGUAACCAUGGGGGCAUUUGGUGCUCCACUGAUAGUUGAGUGCCAAGAAGUGCCAAUGAAAUAACAUCCUCCAGAUGAUGCCUAACAGAACGCAGGUGUACGAGUUGAUAUGCGAUAAUUGCUGACAACUAAAUAAAAUACAUUUAACUUGAUUGCAGCAAUCUAACUUGCUUACGUGACAGCAGAGACACUGAACAGCGAGAUGUACAGGAAGUGAGUGCAUUGCUGCUUAUAGCCACACAACCACCACAGGAUGUGGCAGAAACAUUCUCACAGAUGCAAAGAAACACGGGUGAUGCUUUCUGCUCUUUCAUCAGUCUGGUGGAACUCAACAUGGGACCAUUAGUGCCUGCAUUCUGACUCCGCAUUCAACUUUUUCCAGCAGCUGAUUCAUGUAUAAGAUGGAAUGGACAAUGUCUUAUCUGGCACCUUCCCUGACGAGGGUCUUGGGCUUUGAUACUGUUGGAAUUUUUCAUUUUAAUGUGAACAUAAUAGUGCACUGUUAACAAUUAAUACAGCUAUUUUCAUAGAUGAUGAUAAUUUAAGCAAACCUUCAAAAGCCUGGGCAGAUGAUACAAUGCAAGCCUCAAGGACAAAGACCAGGUGCGGGUAUUAAGGCAGGACAUCACCACCAGUCUAGACACCAUCAACAAGACAAUGCUGCCAGGGAAGCUCAAACUCUGGUGUCUAAAAUUUGGACUUCUCCCUAGGAUAAUGUGGCCACUCACGAUCUAUGAGGUCCCAAUAACAACGGUGGAAAAGUGGCUUGGGGUCCCACUCUGACCAACAUCAGCAUCUAUGGCGAAGGAGUCCUUGAACUACCCACCACGAGCCUCACUGAAGAAUUUUAGUGCCCUAAAGUGAGACUACAGAUGACAUUGAAGGACUCCAGAGAUCAGACCGUCGGAAAUGCUGCACCACCUCUGUCAACGGAAGGAAAUGGACACGGUGGCCCAUGGAGGUGUCAUGGGCCUAUUAUCGAAACACCAAUGAAGGAGGGUACUCACCUAACGACCCUAAAGAAGUUUUAAACCCAUCCCCUUCCUUC